AGCUAAUUGAGCUCUUCAAGGAAGCCAGAGCCAGAGAACGAAACGCUGUAACUAAAAAUGAAAUCAUGAAAUUGAAAUACGAAUGAGCGGACCCAACUGGGAGAGCAUUGAGCGGAAGGUAGAUGAGAUGACAAAUUCCGACGGUAGGGCCGAAGGAUUCCAACUGAUGACUGAGCUGCCAAAACAAUCGGAAAAUAAUAUGGUAACGAUAGCGGGCGUAGAGUGGAAUUACAACAGAGCUGUCCAAGCAGCGCGGACGCACAGAGACACAGUGAGGGUAGUGGCGUUGGCAAACUCCCUAUGGCCGGAUGAAGAAAUAAGAAAAAAACUGGUGUUGAGAAAAACCAAGAACAGCCCAAAACAUUACAUCGAAAUUGAUCUGAAGGAUCUUACGGCAAUACGAAAUGCAGCCGAAGAACUGGAUGGAAUCAGAAAUUUGCACAUGAGAGAAUGAUGGAUAGAGAAAGAUUACAGAGAUACAAUCGGAA